UAAGUGCCUCAAUCUCAUAGAAAUCACCGAUACUUCGUUAUUAUAUUGACAUGAAUACCGUUUGAGUCUGUUAAUGGCGUGGAAGUUUGAAUCGCAGUUCGAAAGUUAGUUCGAUUGAGGUUGAAUCAUUUUCAAAGUAGUCAUAGAAACGCGACGGACGCGGUUCGUAUCGCACUUGUCUUUUUUAACGUGACACGACAGUUCGUGUGCAACUGUUCGACUAUGCCGAUGUGCUAAUUGUCGUGAUAUUCGAUCUUUGUAAGAGGUUAAAAAAUGGAUCGGAAGUAUCAGAGAGUAGAGAUGGGAGUGGGUGCGUUUCACCACCCACCCAGAGCAAAAUACAGCGAGGAAACAAAAAAUUUGAUCAAACUUCUAAUGGAAGAAUCCAAAGUGAGCAUGAUGAAAAGAAAAUCUAUUCAGCAAGCGAUUAAUAAAGGUGAAUCCUUGCCCGUUGGCGUGCAAAAAUCGAAGGUUGAAUCGGACAAGCAUAAUUUACAAUACCAGGUUUUGAUGCCUACUCUCUGGAAGAAACGAUCGCAAGACAUGAUUAUCGAAAGUGGUGCGUAUGAAAGGGAACAAUAUAGAAGAACAUCUCCUUUACGUAAUAAAGAGAAGCAAAAGCGUCAUUUAGCAUGUAUGAUGGCGUAUGGAAAGGAUAUGCCAGAAACUCCUCGUGGGCCAAGGAUUCUUCAUAAAGCAAGGCGAGAACCAAAUUUUUUUGAUAGUUCCGAUCCAAUCGAUGAGUUGGUGCGUGGAAUUCAAGAAAGAAUGGAAUUUUUAAGCGACAUGCAAUGCCUCGGAAUGGACAAAAAAUAUCGUCCUAUAAUACAGCAAGAAAUAGCACAUAAAUUACGAUUGAUCGAAUCUGUGGACAAGCAGAGAUCCAAGGAAAUUCGCAAAGAAAUCAGAGAACUUGAGAAACCAUUGCCAAAACCACUACCUUUGGGACAACUUGAUGAUAAUUAAUUGUGCAAUUCGUGGUCUUUUAUACGUAACUAAUUUAUAUUUUUUGUCAAGUUUACAGGACUUAUUAUAGAGUAUUUUAGAUAAGACAAAUGAUAGUUAUAAUAAAACGUGAGGACCAGAAAUACUAGUAUUCACUUCAGGAGAAAGAAACAUAUAUUUAAAGUAAAAAAACAAUAUUUUUAAAAAAUUAAAACGAUA